GCAAGAAGGGAGAGGAUAACAACUAUGAGUUUGAGUGUCCACAUUCUCCCUCCAUUUCCCCUAAUCUACAGAAACUACUCAAGCAUCACAAAACCCACAACCUCUUGUCCUCGUCAAACUUUGGUGAUUUCUAGUCAAAAAAACCAUAAUACAAAACCAUUUUUUUGGUCCAAUUUACUCUCCCUAGCUGUUGCUGCAACUUUAUCUUCUCCAUUUCCUUCUUCAGCAAUCCCAUCUCUGAACUCUCAGCCCCCUUUACUACCUCCCACAACCCCAUUCUCUGAAUCCAAGAACUUAACUACCGGAUUGGAAAAUGGCAAAAUCAGACCUUGCCCGUCUAUUAAUCCGGGUUGUGUAUCUACUAAUCCCCAGUCGUCAUCUUUCGCAUUCCCAUGGGUGAUUCCUGAGAAUUAUUCAGAUAAUGCAAUUCAGAAACUGCAGGAAGCAAUUCUGAAAACACAGAAAAAUGCCAAGAUUCAGCUAGUCGAAGACACACCAGAUGGCCAAUAUCUGCAAGCUGAGGUUGAUGGAGGAUUUGGCCGAGACGUGCUAGAAUUUUUGGUGAAAAGAGACGUGGUCACAUAUAGAUCUAUGGCCACCAAAGUAACCUAUGUGUACCCCUUCACCACAGCUUUGGGGGAUUCAAAGGGACAAGAAGAAAGAAUGAAGAAGAUCGUCGACCAGUUAGAGUGGUAUGCUCCAAGUUUUGAUUCGAUGGAUUAGAGUUAAUACUUAUUAUCGGUACACAGAGCUCACUGGCAGAGCCCCAUUCUUUAUGAUUUUUGUUUAAAAAAUCCGAGGCAUUCUAUACAAUUGAUCUAUUCUUACUCUUUGCCAUAUUGAUGUUCAAGAAUCUGAUAAAAGCAUAACGCAUUUAAAAAAUUCAAGGCAUUGUAUACAAUUGAUGUAUUCUUACUCUUCGCCAUAUCGAUGCACAAGAAUCUGAUAGAAUAACGCAUUUAAGCAUUUUAAGGUAUGUAAUUUUUAGCCAUUACUUUGUUUUUCUCCCCCGACGCUUUCUGAUGAACAUCUAUUUCUUGAAAUGAAGCGUCUUUACCUCUGUUUGAGGUUCAUAUUUCACUGUCUGAUUGCAGCUGCGUGCUGGGCAGUGGUUAAAAAUUGGUGAAAGCUAGAGAAACUACAGAAAACGAACUGCCAGGUUUUCUGUGGUAGCUUGAUCAAGCAUGGGCUCAAAGCUUUUCAUUUCUGUGGUAGGGGAGUCUUUGAUUGCUACGUAUAAUAAAUUAUGACGGCAGUUAAUAUGUUGCGUAAAGAACUUAGUUCCAUGUGUUUUUGAGUUUUAUACAUGACUGGGCAUCGCAAUACAAGAUUUGUUGCUGAGAGUAGAUACUAACUAGUGUUAAAGUUUUAUUUGCCUCAUCCUUCUUCUUGCAGCCUAC